AUGGCUGCCAUCAAGGUCACUGCUUACAGCCGGUCCAACUGGCAUUUCUUAAUUUCACUUAAGAUCGUGGUGAAGCUGGACCUGCAGUGCGACAGGCAGAAGCAGAAGGCGAUCAAGACCGUCUCCACUCUCUGUGCGUGGCUUUCUUCCCCAGGUAUCGACCAGAUCGUCCUGGACACGAAGGACGGCAAGAUGACGGUCGUGGGGACGGUCGACCCGGUCGACGUCGUCCGCAGGCUGCGCAAGCGCUUCUGCUCGGUGUGGAUAGUCUCCGUCGGCCCGGCCAAGGAGGAGAAAAAGAAGAGAGCAGUUUUUUUUAGCCUGAGCUACACGGUAUCCACUAUCCGGAGCGUUCAAUGUGGGCUGCGGUGCAUGUGGAUGUGUGCAAAAUUAACAGUUGUGCCAGCCGCCCAGCCCUUAAUAGUCUGACGCGAGGCCUAUGAAAUUUACAAUAUUUGUUGGCCUACUAGUAUGGAUACUCUACAUGACAUGAUGUGCCGUCAGACAGCCCCGCAUGCUUUUGUCCACCAUCGACCUUGGAUUCCAU